UGGGAUCAGCAGGAGAAACUCAACAGCCAUGGGAGAGCCUGGGUCCAGAUCUUUUCCAAACCCGCCUGUUCUGGGGAAGCUCAAAAGAAGCAUGAUACCCUGGGCCUUACAGAAGAAACGAGAUAUCCACGUGGCCAAGGCCCAUCGAAGACGAGCUGCCAGGGCUGCCCUCCCCAUGAGACUCACUAGCUGUAUCUUCCGGAAGCCAGUGACAAAGAUCAGGUCUCAUCCUGACAACCAGGUCAGACACAAAAUAGGCGAGGAGCAGCUGGAGAAGCCACGGCAGCUCUGCGCCUACCAGAGAAUGCAGGCCCUGCCCCCCUGCAGCAGCCAAGGAGAAGGCUCUGCAAGUCCACUGGAUUUGGACAGCAUCUUAAGUGUUCUUGAUCCGGGCAUGGCUGGGGGAUCUCUGGACAGAGCUGGUGCUGAGCUCACACACGGCCGGCCUGAGCCCACCCCUGGGCAGCUUCCAGCUGGAGUAGGGGCUCCCCCAGGAGUGGGUUGUCAGCUCCCACCGCCCCUCUCUGGCCAAUUGGUGACUCAAGCAGAUAUCCGGAGACAAGCCCGGAAGGUGAAGAAAGCCAGGGAGAGACUGGCCAAGGCCUUGCAGACUGACAGACUGGCCAAGGAGGCAGACAGACAUGCUGAGGAGUAGAUGAAGUAGAGGAGGGGGCGCUGAGAAGCUGUGGGGUGUGGCUCCGGGUGAGGGAAGUCAGCGGUGACAGUCCUGGGUUUUAGGUCCCUAUCUUUUAAUGCCCGUCCUCUUUGCUACUAUGAAUUGUCACACUUUCUCCUUCCUCACCUAUUCUUUAUUAAAAGCAUUUAAAGGCAA